CACACACACACAGGUAAACUCAGAGGGGAGGAGCAGCUCAGUGUCACCUGAGAGGCUGAAAGUGAAAGUGUUCAGUCCGUCAGACUCCAUGUUGAGAGCAGAACAGACAGAAGAAGACGGAGGAGGAACAGUAAAGUGUGAGGCAGACCUGAAGAUGAGUGUUUGUGUGGAGGAAGAGUUGGACCGAGCAGAACCUGCAGGAUCCAUCUGUCCGUCUAUGAAGAGUGAUCGGUCCAAACAUGAACCUAUAAACUUCAGUCCUGAACCUGGACCAUCAGACACAAAAGAGAAGAAGCAGCCCACCUGCUGUGUUUGGUGUCAGGACGUCCUGAAGGAUCCGGUCUCUACCAGCUGUGGACACUGGUUCUGCAGACGCUGCAUCACCUCAUACUGGGACCAGUCUGCUUCACCAGGAGACUCCUCCUGUCCCCAGUGUGGAGUGAAUGUUGGUCUGCAGGAGGUUUUAGAUGAACAUAAGAUCAGUCUGAGGAGGAGAUGUGAACAUGUGACUGAAGGAAGUGAUGGAACAGGAAGUGAUGGAACAGGAAGUGGAACCCUCCUCAGCAGGAUCUACACUGAGCUCUACAUCACAUCGGGACAGAGUGAAGAGGUUAAUACCCAACAUGAGGUUUGGCAGCUUGAGACAGCUUCCAAGAAGAAGACCUUCAGUGAAACUCCAAUCAGGUGCUGCGACAUCUUUAAAGCCUCACCUGACCAACAGAGACGCAUCAGAGUGGUUCUGACCAACGGCGUCGCUGGAGUUGGAAAAACCUUCUCGGUGCAGAAGUUCACUCUGGACUGGGCAGAGGGCUCCAAAAACCAAGAUGUCAGUCUGCUGGUUCUGCUGUCGUUCAGGGAGCUGAACCUGAUCAGAGAUGAGCAGUACAGUCUUCUCAGGCUGCUCCAUGUUUUCCAUCCAACAUUACAGAAGGUGACAGCAGAGAAGCUCGCUGUCUGUAAACUUCUCUUCAUCUUUGACGGCCUGGAUGAAAGCAGACUUUCACUGGAUUUCAACAACCAUGAGGUCGUGUCUGAUGUCACACAGGAGUCAUCAGUCAGCGUGCUGCUGACAAACCUCAUCCAGGGGAAGCUGCUUCCCUCGGCUCUCGUCUGGAUCACUUCCAGACCUGCAGCGGCCAAUCAGAUCCCUCCUUCAUGUGUCGACAGGGUAACAGAAGUGCGAGGCUUCACUGACGUCCAGAAGGAGGAGUACUUCAGGAGGAGGUUCAGUGAUGAAGAUCUGUCCAGCAGAAUCAUCUCACACAUCAAGACCUCCAGGAGCCUCCACAUCAUGUGUCUGAUCCCAGUCUUCUGCUGGAUCACUGCUACAGUUCUGGACCACAUGUUGACUACAGACCAGAGAGGAGAGCUGCCCAAGACCCUGACUGACAUGUACUCACACUUCCUGCUGGUUCAGACAAAGAGGAAGAAGCAGAAGUACGAUGAGGGACGUGAGACGAGUCCACAGGAGCUGACGGAGGCUGACAGGGAAGUUCUUCUGAAGCUGGGGAGGCUGGCGUUUGAACAUCUGGAGACAGGAAACAUCAUGUUCUACCAAGAAGACCUGGAGCGCUGUGGUCUUGAUGUCACAGAGGCCUCGGUGUACUCAGGAGUUUGUACAGAGAUCUUCAGAAGAGAGAGUGUGAUCUUCCAGAAAACAGUCUACUGCUUUGUUCAUCUGAGCGUUCAGGAGUUUCUGGCUGCAGUCUACAUGUUCCACUGUUACACCAACAGGAACACAAAGGUGGUGGAGGACUUCCUGGGAGGUUGGAGGUAUUACAGUGACUCAUCCCUUGAUGACUUCCUGAUGGGAGCCAUGCAGAAAUCCCUGGACAGUAAAAAUGGCCACCUGGACUUGUUUGUUCGCUUCCUUCAUGGCCUCUCUCUGAAGUCCAACCAGAGACUCUUAGCAGGCCUGCUGGGUCAGACAGACAACAGGCCAGAAAUCAUCCAGAGAGCCAUCAACAACCUGAAGGAGAUGAACAGUGAUUGGAUCUCUCCUGACAGAAGCAUCAACAUCUUCCACUGUCUGACGGAGAUGAACGACCACUCGGUUCAUCAGGAGGUCCAAGAGUUCCUGAAGUCAGAGAACAGAUCAGAGAGGAAACUCUCUGUGAUCCACUGCUCAGCUCUGGCCUACAUGCUGCAGAUGUCAGAGGAGGUUCUGGAUGAGUUGGACCUGAUGAAGUACAACACAUUAUGGGAGGGACGACUGAGACUGAUUCCAGCUGUGAGGAACUGUAGAAAGUUUGUACUGGCUGGCUGUCGACUCUCAGAGACUCACUGUGAAGUCGUCGCCUCAGCUCUGAAGUCCAACCCCUCACAUCUGACACAUCUGGACCUGAGCUACAACAACCUGAGUGAUUCAGGAGUGAAGCUGCUGUGUUCUGGACUGGAGAGUCCAAACUGUCGACUGGAGACUCUGAAAUUGCGUUACUGCAGUUUGUCAAAGAUCAGCUGUGAUUCUCUGGCCUCAGCUCUGAAGUCCAACCCCUCCCAUCUGACAGAGCUGGACCUGAGUAACAACAACCUGCAGGAUUCAACUGUGAAGCUGCUUUGUGAUUUUCUGCAGAGUCCAAACUGUCGACUGGAGACUCUGAGAUUGAGUUGGUGCAGUUUGUCAGAGAUCAGCUGUGAUUCUCUGGCCUCAGCUCUGAAGUCCAACCCCUCCCAUCUGAGAGAGCUGGACCUGAGCUACAACAAGCUGCAGGAUUCAGACGUGAAGCUGCUGUCUGAUCUGAAGGACAGUCCACACUGCAGACUGGAGACUCUGAGGUCAGUAGAGGGUUGGAGUCAGUCCACGCUGGUUUCAGCAGUAUUGUUCUGAACACAGUCAGUAUCAAGUGAAGCUGUGAGAGGAGAACGGUGACUGGCUUCAUGAUUGGACAGAGAGACAGAGAGAGAACAGUCAGCCAAUCAGACGAGCCAGAAGCUUGUUGUGAUCUGGUGUUGAGUUGAUGUGAAGACGACUGUUGUUGUUGUGUUCGUGUCUACAGGAAGUAAAGCUGGAUUACAGCUGACAGCAUCACAGGAUGUGUAGAGACAGUCGUCCUCAUUCAUCACAUGUGAUUUCUCUAAAACACUAAAGAACUGAUCAGCCGAUCUGUGUCACAGCUCUCAGGUCUACGGUGGCCCUGAAGGUCAAAACACAACAACAUUUCACAACAACAUCAAACUGUCCACAGGGACUCGGGUUCUGUCCAAUUACAAACAAGAACGCUGUCCCACUUUUUCUGUAAUCUGAGGUGUUGAUGUGUUUUGACCUUCAGGGCCACCGUACAGAUCAGUCUGACUGAAGCCUGCAAAUAACUGCUCUGGUUUCAGAGAACCAUCAUUACAUUUAGUAACCAUGUGGUGUUUGUACAGAGCAGAAGCUGUGCUGAAGUCCAGUAACCACAGCUGAUGCUUGACUGUCAGUCUGUGUAUGAACAUGUAGGAGCUUUAACAUCAUAUAUUCAUCUGUCCAUCUGUCUUUUGUUUGCUCCACAUGUUUUACAACAGACUCCAUAUUUACAUGUUUGUAAUGUUUCAAAGCAGAUGAAAUAUUCAGGUGUGACUGAAACUCUGGUUUUUAACAGCUGUCAAUCAUCAUUAAAGUGCCUCUGCAGCGAUGAUGCGUUCAGGGACUCUCUGCAGUUUAUUUCACUGUGUACUUGAGUGAAACCUGCAGAGUAAACCUGUGAGCUUCACUCCAACACGUUAACAUGAAGCUGAAAGGAAGCUGGCUACGCUACACAGCUGCUCCACUUGUGGUCUGAACAGGACUGAAGUCCUGCUGGUCUUUAUAUCACUGACUGACAGCUGAUGGAGGGAGUCUCUGGAAACACUCAUGGAUCACUUCUGCUCUCUCUCAUUCUC